UUUUUUUUUUUUUUUUUCCUCAAUGUAUGCUUCAUCUGAGAAAAUGAAUUGUCUUGUUAGGUUGUGUUUUAUUUUUUUGGGGGGGAUACCGGGGAUCGAAUCCGGGACCUUGUGCUUGCGAGGUAGGCGGUGGAACCACUGAGCUAAAUCCUUGUCCCAGGUUGUGUUUUGUUUUGACCAUUACUUUCAGGUAAAAAAGGAGACUUACAGGUAUGUAUGGUGUGCAUCUUUCUGUAUGAGAAUAUAAACAUUUGUAGACCACAAGCUUUUGUAUUUUUGAUACAGGGUCUUGGCAUGUAGUCCAGGCUGGCCUAGAACUCACUGCCUCAGCCUUCCACGUGCUGUAAACCUGAAAGCCUUGACUAAAGAAGACUAAAGACUAAGCUCUUUUCUCCAUAUACAUUUCCACUGCUAGUACAAUUCCCACAGAAUUUACAAACAGGUCUCGGGAAGAAAGGAUGGAGGCUUUACCAUCCCAGUACAGAAAUCAUAAAUUUAAUCAUUAGCAGGAUUGAUAAUUAAUUAAAUGUAUACUUUUUCUCAUAUUUCUCUUUUGAAAAAUCUUAAAUGUACUGGUAAUUUAAACAUCUAACAUCCAUUGUGAUAGAUUCACUUUUUAGUAACAGAUACUCUUGUCCCAAAUAAAUGUACUGUACUGUGAAUUAUUUGUUAUUUCAUACAGUGAAAAUAAAGAGUAGAAAUACUUGACCCUUAAUUACUUAGCAAUAAAGAUGAGGACACUUCCUAAAAGCGAAAUGUAUCAGUCAAGAAGUAAAAAAUAAGCCAGCUGGGGCCGGGGAUGUAGCUCAAUGGCACCACUCCUGCCUGGCAAGCACAAUGUCCCGAAUUCAAUUCCUCGUACCUGGGGGGGGGCGGGGCGGAGCCAGGGGUGGUGGUGCAUGCCUGUGAUCCCAGCACUUAGGAAACUGACACAGGAUCAUCACAUUGAGUUGGAGACUGACCCUGGGCUACAUAGUUCAAGGCCAGCCUGAAAUAUAUAGCGAGACCCUGUCUCAAAAAAAUUUUUUUAAAGUUAACAUCAAAAGUAAACUCUUAAAAACACAAUUCUCCAUGUUGCACCAAAAUGGAUUGUGGGCCUGGACAGUUAUGUACAGUAAAUAAGGCCAUGGCCUUUUAAUCUAUAUGCCAGUCUUUUAUCAUCAGUUCCCAGUCAGUAGACUUCAAAAAAAAUAUUUGCAAAGUAAUUUGUAGGUAAUUUGUGGUUCUAAUUGUAUCUUACUAGGAAGGCAUUUGUUUAUAUGGCCUUUUGUUUAGUCAUGCUAUUUUUUGUUUGUUUGAGAGAGGCUCUUGAUACGAAGUUCUGGCUUGCCUUACUGUGAGACCCAGGCUGGCUUCCAACUCACUGUGAUCCUCCUGCCUCAGCCUUCCAAGUGCCGGGACCCUGCGUGCAGUCAUGCUAAUUUUGACAGUUGCUCAAAGCAGUAAUUAUCACAGCACUCUAUUUUAUUUCUUUUUCCUUCUUCCCCUCUCCUCCCUCAUCUUCCCCUCUCCCUUUUCCUUUUUGGUGGUCCUGGGGAUGGAACCUUUGGCCUUUUCAUGUGCUAAGCAAACUCUACCUCUGAGUUACACCCCCCCACACACACAGGGUCUCACUAAGUUGUCCAGGUUGUUCUUGAACUUGUUAUCCUCCUGCUUCAGUCUUGUGAGUAGCUGGAUUUACAAGGAUGUACCACUGUUUGAUUUGUACUCUUGUUUUUGUUUUGUUUUGGUACCAGGCAUUGAACUCCAGACCUCGUGCUUGCAAGUGGGAAUUGAACCCCGGACCUCGAUGUGCUGAGCACACUUCUCACUGAGCUACGCUCCCAGCCCUACGGCAAAUACUUGUUAUCUCAUGCUCUUACCUGUGCAGACUCCAGAUACACCUUAGGUGGAUGUUCUGCUCACCAGGCUGCAGUCAAGGAACCAGUUGGCCUUCAGGAAGAAAAGGCACCCACAGAGAGGAUGAUAGCUGACUGACUGCCUGACAAGAGGUUAUCAGGAUGUCAGAUCAUCAAUCUCUUGGUUGGAACAAGGAGGGUUAAGGACAGGUCAGAGGGGAGCUCUCCAAGAAUGGGAAAUGCAACUUAAAACCAAAUGCCCAGCACUUCAGCAGGAAUUUUUGAAGAGUAACAUGUCCAGUGGUAUACGAAUGCAGACAGGAACCCACAAUGGAGGAGAACUCUACGCCUGGAAACAAUAUGAAGAAUUCUUCGGUGAACACACGUGCCUUAGGACCCACACGAAAACUCAAGGUACAGGGAGCGCUUGUGGUUGUGAGCAGCAUGGAAAAGAUUUCCUUACCGCUCAGCAGGAAGCCUCUACUGGAGAGAAACUUUGUGCAUUUAAUCGGAGUGGAGAAAUCUUCUGUAUGUCACCUACUAAUGUUCACCAGAAAACUAGCGCACAAGAGAAAUCCUCUGAAUGCAGCGACUGUGGGGAAUCCUUUGUUAAUCACCUUCAAGCACACUGGGACAUUCACAGUGGAGAUAACUAUGAAUGGAAGGAAUAUGGGGGUUUCAUGAACUCUGCAAGCCUUGCUGUGCUUGUAGAAACGCUCCAUGCAAGAAAACCUUACAAAUGUAAGGAAUGUGGGAAAGGCUAUAGGUAUCCUGCAUGUCUAAAUAUUCCCAGGCGAACUCACAUUGGAGAGAAACCCUAUGAAGGUAAGGAGUGUGGGAAAGCUUUCCUUACGCCCUCACGUCUUAUUCAACAUGUAAGGAUUCACGCCGGAGAGAAGCCGUUUGUGCGUGUCAAGUGUGGGAAAGCCUGCGCUAUUUCUUCAAAACUUAGUGGACGUUUAAGAGCUCACACUGACAAGAAGGCCUGUGAAUGUAAGGUAUGGGGGAAAGUGUUGUGUAAGGUAUGGGGGAAAGUGUUUGGGUAUCUCUCAUGUCUUAAUAAUCACACGCGAACUCACAGUGCCCAAAAGUCCUACACACGUAGGGAAUGUGGGAAGGCUUUUAGCUCUUCUACACACCUUAAAAUGCACAGGCGAAUCCACGCUGGAGAAAAACCCUAUGAGUGUAAACAGGGUGAGAAAGCCUUUGGUCAUUCGAGUUCAUUUCAUAUACGUGGAAGGACUCACACUGGAGAGAAGCCUUUUGAAUGUAAGGAGUGUGGGAAGGCUUUCAUAUGUUCCGGUUCCUUUAGAAUUCAUGAAAGAACUCACAUUGAAGAGAAUCCCUGUAAGUGUCAGCAGUGUGGGGAGGUAAGUCAUCCUCGCUGGCUUCGAAGACAUGAAAGGACCCAUUAGCCAGAAACCUCAUACAUGGUAAGGAGUGUGAGAAAGCCCUCACCUCACUUCACACUGAAGAAUCGAAGGGACGCACUCCGAAUAGAAGCUCUAUCAAAAAACACGCUCGGCAGCCAGGCCCGGUGAUGUGUACCUAUGGUUCCAGCUACUGAGAAGAUUGACACAGGAGAAUCAUGAGGACAAAGCUAGUAUGGACAAUACAGCAAGGCCACAUCCUCCCCACCAAAAGUAAAAUGAGCUGGCAGUGACCCUAAUGCAGGGUAACGCAGGAGACCGUGGAAGUCUUGAGAAGGUGGCCCAUCUACAAAUAGGGAAGGAGGGGCCACUAGGAAGGCCUGCAAGCUGGACAGGGUGAUGCGUGAUGAUGAUUCCAGUACUCUGAGAAUUUGAGGCAAGAGGAUUGCAAGUUUGAGCCUAACUGGGGCAAUUUAGCAACUUAGUGAGACCUUGUCUCAAAAGAAAAAAAAAAAAGGAAGAUACAGCGCAAUGCAGAGGCCCUGGGUUCAGUUCCUGACACCACCACCCCCUAAAGCCUCCAGAGGAAACAAUCCAACUGAGCAAACAAAUUGAUCUUUGACUCCCAGCUCCCAGAAUUAUGAGGAAAUAAAUUUUGUUGUUUAAGCCACCUGUUCUGGUAUUUUAUUAUCAGCUAUAGCAAACGACUAUAGUAAGGAAUGUGAGAAGACCUUUAGAUUGCUCAAAAGUCUUAAUAUUCAUAUGCAAUGCCUGGUGUGGUGGUGGGUACCCAGCUACUCCAGACUGAAAAAGGGGGAUCUAGCAUUUGAGUCCAGCCUCGGCGACACUGUGAGAUACCAUUGCAGAAAAAAAUAAUCCCAUGCAAAGCCACACUGGAGAGAUGUCAUAUGAGUGUGAGAAAGUGUGGGUUUUCAUGUCUUUCUAAAUAGGGAAGAAAUCACACAAGAGAAAAAGUCUUUGA